UUAUCGAGUUUUGUUUCUUAAACUAAUAAACUAAAUGUUCCAAAAAAAUAACUUCUGCACCCAACAAUUCAUUGUGGGUUUUCCCCCGUUCGUGUGACUCUGGUUGCCAGUGCGAGGCUUGGCCGAGAGGGAGUGCUCCAGAUACGCUACAAUUCCACAACAUAAACGCGCAACUAUCGCAACGGAAGUUUACUUCCGCAAGGGUCCGACUGGCAAAAGACCACGACGUAGCCUUGUGCUGACUGUGCGCUCCGUUUGAAUUUCCGAGUAACAGUUUUGAAAAGAUGCGCCUUUUUCAAAUCGUGCUGCGAAUGUGAGCGGCGAGAGUGUCACAGUUCAGGCCAAUCAUGGACAAUGGAGUCAAAGUGCGGAUGUCCGGAUAUCUCCACUUGAAGACCAAAAAGCGCAUGAUAUCAUCAUGGAAAAAUUACUGGUUUGUGUUGGAAGAUCGGUUAUUGCUGUAUUACAGGUCGAAGGCCGAAUAUGAGACAAUUUCGCCCUGCAAGGGCUCCAUUAAUCUGGGGCCCCCUUGCAUGGUCAAAUCUCUGCCUUCGGUAACGAACUCCUUUCAAGUGGAGACACGAAGUUUGACCUACACUUUGAAAGCGGACAACUCCGACGACCAGAAAAAAUGGAUGCAAGCCAUCCUGGCCGUCCUUAACCAGAACCAAAACUUCCCCAGCGAAAGUCCCAAACGACUGAGCCACUUCCGCUACUCCCUCGACGACUUAUUCCCUCAAACUGAACCCAACGACCCCCAGACACCGCCAAAAGCGCCCCUCGAACGCCAAAACACACUCCCCCAUCGACUAAAAUUAGAACCCAAAAAAAGUAAUGAAAUAAUCCAGAGGUUACAGAAACUAGGGGCGCAAAGCUAUGGCGGUAGUUUGGGCGCAAUCAGUAAAAUAGCGACGAAAAAAGUCACCAAGGAGGAGAAAUGCAAAAAUGUGUCUCAGGGCUCGUUACCAAGCUGCCUUUUCAACGAAGAGGACGAGUUCGAGGAAGUUGUUAGACCAACAACCAACAACAGGGAGGAAAAUAUUUACGAGCGGAUUUCGGGCGAUUCGCAAUAUUCGGGGGAAAGUGUAAAGUACAGUGUUCCGUUGAGGCGGGGCUUCAGUGUGAGUGAGCAAAGGGACAAGGGGGCCACAUCUCGCGAAACGAAGAGUUUAUUGGUGGAAAAUGACCAAUACGCAACCACUAGACAUGUCCAAAGUGACGAAGUUAUUUACGCUGAGCCCAAGUUGGACUGUAAUAAAAAUAGUCUUUUGGUUGAGAACACGUUUUAUGCUAGUUGCGAUGUUGUGGGGCACACGAAUGAUAAUAUUUACGAGGAUUUGGAUAAGUAUAACCCUUACAGUGAGCCAGUUUUGGAUUCUAGUCAAAGUUCCGGCAAAAAAGAGAAAAUCAAAAAAUCGAAAAGUUUCAUUCGGCGAGUUUGGAAGAAGAAGUAUCGAAAACAAGACGAGAAAAAGGUUGAGGAGGAAAUUUACGCAGAGGUUGACCCGACUGUAGUUAACAAAGUCGAUAUGAGCGAUGACAGCGCUGUUCAAAUGUUGUCAGAGCUUCAAAACAUUUUAGAAAAUAAGAAAGCACAGUUGAGGGCCAAGGCCUCCAAUAACCCAACGGCCGAAACCGCGGAAUCAACAGCAAAACCAGACGAAGAAGAAGAAGAAGAAGAAGCCCCGAAAUUGCCCCCCAAAAUACACCCUCCCGAACAGUUCCGAAGUCUCGACGAAAUCCUUGAAGAUUUAGACCGGGAAAAGCUCGAAUCCAAGGGCAAAGUGCAGCUCCUAAUUGAAAAAUUUACGGAGUCGGAACCGGACGUAAUUUUGCGAAAACAUGACAAAUCUGGGUAUCGAUAUUCGGAUGAUCUUAAUUUAUUACUGGAUGAACUUGCGAAAGUCACUUCGGCCCCCAUUUUGACGCCUGGCGUGACCACAAGUCUCGUCAACCCCAAUCUUACCGAUGAAGAGUGGCUGAAACUCCUCCCCGUGCGGCAGAGAAGGUUAUCAGAACCGGACUACGAUAUUCCGCGCCCCCUUAAGCCGGUCCAGACCCCGGAAAAGUCGGAAAAUACCGAUGUCAUCCCCGCGACUCGGUUUUUCGGACCAGUGCUACCACCCACAAUCAUUGACAACAAAGACGAGUCUUUGUGUGUUAGUAUGACUCCAGAUUCGCUGGAAAUCGAUUCGCAAAAAUUCCAGACUUUGUGUUCCUACACGUCCCAUAAUUAUACCGAUUUGAAAUGUUUUCAAAAAAAAGACGACGUUAUUUACGCACUGCCCAAGUCAUACCUCUCCACGCAUAUUGUAAACACGUGUCACAACUUGUGCGGUGGAAAUUUGGACGAGUGUCAGAUUAUUUACAAAAAUGUGAAGAAUAUCGAACAUGAAGAAAUCUUCAACGAUUCCCUCGAACUUUGUACCGAAACUAAGACAGAGUUCUAAUCUGUUUUUUACUCAUUUAUGUAUAGGUAAGUGAAUAAAUAAAAGGCCAAAGAUUACGUCAAA